AUGUCGAUGAGUUUUGAUUUGAGCAGCGACAUUGCAGUCGAUUCCAUCGAAUAUUCAUGUUUACAUUGCAACCUCACAUUUGCUGACAUGAAUGCAUUAAUGCAACAUGAACUGACUAGCAGCCAUCAAAAUAUUGUCAACCGGUCACUUUCUCAAUCACGAAUAGGUAUUCAGCGUGGUCGUUCGCAGACUAUUUCACAGCAAGCUACCUCAGGACGCAAUGCUUCACAGGUUGCUCCUCAAACGGCAGCUUCUUCGCAGACCACUAGUAAGGAGAACACCAGACCUGUCAAGUGCCAACCCGGAUCAUCAGCACAGAAUGAACCCGUGAGCAGCGGUACACGAUCAAGACAAAAAAAAGAUUUCGAAUCAAAAGUCGUACCCUAUACGUCGCUUGACAAGACAAAAUGUGGCCGUCCAAGAAAGCGUAUCGAGUCCAAGUAUCCUAAAAAACUAUCAAUCCCAAUUCCGCCAGAAGUUCAGCAGGGUAUCCGGGCGCUAGAAUUGAGUGAUUUACCAGAUCCCAGUAGCCGCGAAAAGACUUUGGAUGUGAAAAGAUGGAUGAGACAAGCGUUCAGAGCACAAAUAAAAAACCAACUUCAUGAAGGCAGAGAAGAUGCUAAAAAGGCCGGCGAAGAGCCAGAUAUGUUUAAAAUAGCCAGCGAAGACUUGGGGGCUACGUCGAUGGGAGAACUUUCUCGUAUGUUGCGUGAUAUCAAACGGAAAAGAAAAGAAGUACGAAAAAGAGGUAGGGAAAGGAGAAGGCAGAGAGAAAGGGAGGAAAUGGAAAACGAGGAAGACGAAGAAGAAGAGGAGGAGCCGGAAGAGGAUAACAAGGAGGAUGAAAAGGAAGAGGAAGAGAAAAAGGAUGAACAGAAGGAACAGAAGGAGGACGAGAAGAAAAAGGAAUGA